GCGGCUAGCGUCAUCGCGGCCGUCGGUCGAGGUCAGCAUUACGCGCAGAUUCCAGAAGGAGCCGAUGAUUCGACCCGCGCGCCUGACCUGUCGGAUCUGGUGCGCUCAGACCAACCGAGUCAGGACGAUGACUACGCUGACGAGAUCCAGCAGGUGAUGCGCAAGCGGUCGGCCAAGGUCGAGAGUGCAGCGUCUGUGGCCGACUGCAUUGUACCGCUGAUGCGUGUUUCGACGCCUGUGUCGACCAGCGUGCCGGCGCCGCGGAUGGUGCCUCGGUCCAACAUCAACAGCCAGAGCUUUGGCGACGAGGAGAUUGACGAGGCUGUCAUGCGGACGAAGCAGGAUCAGCGCAACAUUCAACCCGCGCGUGUCUCUGGCCGACAGGCCCGACCAGCGACGUGUCGAUGGGCGACAGCGACGACAUCGAGGACUUUCUGUUUGAUGAUAACGCCAGCCCGCAGUCCAACCAGCUCAGCUUCUCCCUAUCGGACCGCCGCAUGUCUGAGGAUAUUUAUCACCGCGAGUCAUCCGACAGCUACUGGUCCAGCGAGCAGCAGCAUCCGGCACAGGUGCCUGUGAGCAGCGCCAUGGCCGGUAGACGCUCAAGCGCAGCGCGCAUGCGGUCGCACACCAUGUCGUCGCUGAGCAGCAUCGAGAGUCUCAACACCCAAGCGAUGGAUGUGUCACCGCCGGCGAGCAGCCGCGAGCAUUUGAGCCAGACUGCUUCAUCGAUGGCAAGAGGCAGCAUAGAUGCGGCUGAAGCAGAGGCGUCGCAGCGGUCAUCGGCCUACAGCAACUGGGUGUCUAACCAGGCAAUUAUUGGCGAGCAGUCGUUGCUGAGCCAGCUGGCACACGAGGAGCUCAAACGCACCAGUGCUGCCCUGGGUCUGAAUGAGAAGAGACAGGCGGCAGGCGAAGGUUCAGCGAUUCAGCAGGCCAGCGCUUCCUCAUCGGGGAAGAUGGCUGAUGAUGACGGACAGCUGCCCUGCCGCCGCCUGCAAUGCCGGAUGAUAAUGGCAGCUAUCGGCAGCGUUGGCGAGCGGUCGUCCGGGAUUCUGGAGUUUGUCAGCUCUUCGGUCUCGCAGACACGUGUCAUACCGAGGCUAGUCAAGAUCAACCAAACGUCGGCCAGACCGCCUGUGCCGCAAAGGACAUCGUCCACUCUGCCUGUGCUACUGCCGCCCGCUGUGGUCACGUCUCUGCCAACCCAGCCCACGGAUCCGUUCGCAGGGCUCCCCCGUGGCCCUGGCCAUGUCGCCCACUGGCAGCCUAGGCUCGAGCAAGUCGUCGAGUGGCAAAUUCAAGAUAGCGAUGCCUUCUCCGCGCAAGCUCAAGCUGCGUGGAUCCAAACCAGGAGAAUAUCCGUCCAGGAACCGUCUGCUGCAGAUGUGCCGGCGAAGAGUGCACCAGAGAUUCCAGGAGCACAAACCGACGCCGCCGCCGGUGCCGCCCAAGGAGAGGUUUAUGCAGGGGCUACGGCGCAAGAGCAGCAUGGGAAGCCCACUGAAUCAAACGUGCGCUGAGCUUGAAGAAGCGAUCCAACAAGGACCUCAACAACGACGAUGACGACCAAAAGCCCAAUCGUCGUGGAAAGGGCGAGCGCAGGAGCAAGCGUAACAGCGUUCCGCAGCCACCU